AUGAGGCGUUGGCUCGUUUCUGUGCUCCUCAUAUGCUCUAGCGAACAGAAGGUCUUGGGCGACGACCGAACCGGCGAUGCCUUCGAGAACCCCGACCUGAUUACCGAGACGAAGCUCAUCCACGGAGGAUGGACACCAUAUCAGAAUGGUAAGGACCGUAUCCCAGCGCCCGGUGCAGAAGCACAUCAUGGGCUGACUCCAACUGUUAAAGGCUGGGAGCUUGUGGAAGCAGCGUUGGCCGAGUUCAAAAAGAUCAAGACGCCGUCACAUCGGAAGAAUAAGAAGCAGACUGGCAUAUUUCCCACAGUAUUUCGAUAUGCUUUGAGGGCGCUUCCUAGCAUACGCGCCAGCGCUCCACCAGAAGAACAUGCGGCCCCCAUCAUCACAGGACCUCUGCUCGAGGGCGUCAAACUACUACAGCAGUCCGCCGACCUGGACAAUACCGAUGCCAUCUAUCUGCUCGGCCAGCUCAACUUCUUCGGAAACUACAGCCACCCGAGGAACUUCAAGACGGCCUUCGAUCAUUAUUACAGGCUCGCCUCGACUACCGGCAACAGCUCCGCGCAGUUCAUGGUCGGGAUGAUGUAUGCGACAGGUGUGGGCGAAGCAGUGGAGAGAGACCAAGCCAAGGCAUUGCUAUAUCACACUUUUGCCGCAAAUCAAGGUCACACCAAAUCCGAAAUGACUGUCGCUGCUCGAUACGCCAGCGGCAUUGGUGUGUCCAAGAGCUGUGAUACCGCUUGCAGAUACUACAAGAGGGUCGCGGAUAAGGCCAUUGCGUGGAUUCGUUCCGGCCCACCUGGUGGUAUGCACAUAGUGCACGAAUCAUACCGACUGGCCGACGAGGUCGGCGGUGUCUAUGGUGAGGGUGCAAGUGUGGUCAGCUCUGGGAUCCAUGCCUUCCGACACAGCCCCAACUCCGACGCCUAUGCUGCUAUCGACGACGUCAUUGAGUACUUAGACCUCAUGGCCAACAAGGGGGACUACAAGGCCGCGUUCAACCUGGGCAGGCUCUAUUACGAAGGGCAACGAGAACUCGAUCGAGACGUCGAGCUUGCCAGGCACUACUUCCUCAGUGUCGCCACAAAAUACUGGCGAGUCAAGGACGGCCGCACCAACGACAAUGUGAAGCCUGGUUUGGAGAAAUACGCCGCCAAAUCUGCCGGCUAUAUCGGCCGUAUGUGGUUGAGGGGCGAGGGCAUGAAGCAGAAUUUUGGCAAUGCCAAAAAGUGGUUCGAGCGUGGUGUUCAACAUGGCGACGCUCAAUCGCAGUGGGGCUUGGGCGUCAUGGCUCUGAAGGGCUACGGCAUGACCAAGAACGUCCAGAGAGCGACUGAGUUCUUCAAGGCCGCUGCAGACCAGGAGCACGGUCCGGCUCAGGUCGCGCUCGGUGCUCUACACUUGGACCAAGGCACCAACGACGAUCUGAAGAUUGCCAACCACUACUUUGAAAGUGCUGCUCGCUACGGCAAUGUCGAGGCGAUGUACUACCUUGCCGAAAUGAUGCACCACGGCGUCGGGCGGGACAAGAUGUGCAACAGCGCACUGAACUACUACAAGGCUGUCUCUGAAAAGGCCGAGCCCUUCGUGUCUUCUUGGGCAGAGGCAAACCAUGCUUACGACGAGGGAGAUAUAGAGCUGGCAGUCCUCGACUAUGUCCUGGCAGCCGAGCAAGGCUACGAGAAAGCCCAGAACAAUGUUGCUUACAUCUUGGACUCGUCACAGUCAAGGCUACCGUUGCCAUCAUGGCUGAAGCGACAGGCUCCGAAAUCAAAGCUGUUGCAAGACUCGGCACUUGCCCUCGUGUACUGGACGCGAUCUGCCAUUCAGGCCAACAUUGACUCCCUUGUCAAGAUGGGCGACUACUAUCUCGGUGGUAUUGGAACUGAAGCCGCCAUAGACAAGGCCGCGCAGUGCUAUACUGGAGCUUCGGAGCAUUUCCAAAGCGCCCAAGCCCUGUACAACUUGGGUUGGAUGCAUGAAAAUGGUGUUGGCCUAACACAGGACUUCCACCUUGCUAAGCGCUACUAUGACCAUGCUCUGGAAACCAAUGAUGAGGCGUACCUACCAGUCACUAUCAGCCUCUUAAGAUUGCGGAUGCGAAGUGCCUGGAAUACUUUUACAAACGGAGACAUCAAUUCCAUUCGUGACGAGCCUUCCACAAAGAAGGAUUGGUCUCUCAGCGAGUGGAUAGCCAACUUCCUCUCAGAUGACCGUUUCCAGUACGACGAUGGUGGUUACGAUGACUUGUACGAGGACGGCAUUGUCGGCUCGGAUGGUCAGCCAUUCGAUGAGGAUGAUAUUGAGGGCGUCAUUGACAGUCUCAUUAUUCUCUCCGUAGCAGCAGCGAUCGUGGCCCUCGUCUGGUACCGAAAUGCCAGACAGCAAGCACAUAGACAAGCGGAAGACAACGCAGCGAGGGCGGGAGGCAGGCCACCGGUGCCUCAGCCGGGAGCGGUGCCGCAGCCUGGAUUGCAGCCAUUCCAGCCGCUGGGGGCUGGUGGGAUAGGCCACUAA